GUGAACGGAUGAUUCGAACGGCGUUCGACGGAUACCCUGAGACGAAGUUAAUCGGGCUCGAUCGGGCUGAAAAACGCGCACGGAAAGCAUGGAAAUCUCGGGUCGAUACCUCGUGUCGAUCGAUAACAUCACGGAGCUGAUGAACCUGAGCGAGCCCGAGUACUUGAGAACGGUAUGGGGCCCGAAAUAUCUGCCGCUGACGCUCGUGUUGCCGAUCACCUUCGUGUACGUCGCGAUCUUCGUCACCGGUGUGUUCGGCAACGUCGUCACCUGCAUCGUCAUCAGGCGUAACCCUGCCAUGCAGACCGCCACGAAUUAUUAUCUGUUCAACUUGGCGGUGUCCGACCUGCUUCUGUUGAUUCUCGGACUGCCGAAUGAAUUGAGCGUGUUUUGGCAGCAGUAUCCAUGGAAGCUCGGAGUGGGCUUAUGCAAAAUACGAGCGUACGUCUCAGAGAUGUCGUCUUACGUGUCGGUGUUAACAAUAGUGGUGUUCUCGCUGGAGAGGUACCUAGCGAUAUGCCACCCCCUACAUUUGUACGCGAUGAGCGGCCUGAAACGACCUGUACGAUUCAUCCUAGGCGCUUGGCUGCUGGCACUCAUCUUCGCUCUGCCUUUCGCCGUUUACACCACCGUCAAUUACGUCGAGUACCCGCCAAGAUCUGGCCGCUAUUCCGAAGAGUCGGCGAUGUGUGCCAUGCUCCUGCCCAACAUGCCCAAGUUCCCGCUUUACGAGCUCAGUUGCCUCAUAUUCUUCCUCGUGCCGAUGCUGUCCAUAGCAGUGCUUUACGUGAGAAUGGGCCUCCGAAUACAAAGCAACGGCCUCGGUCGCAGCAUCGAGGGUUCCGUUCACGGAGAAACGAGGCAGGCUCAAUCUCGAAAAGCCAUCAUCCGAAUGCUCAGUGCGGUCGUGAUAACAUUUUUUAUCUGCUGGGCGCCCUUUCACGCUCAGCGGCUGUUGUACGUGUAUCAGGUGUCGGCUUUCGGCGACAUUAAUGAAUGGCUGUAUCCUUUGGGCGGUUGCCUAUAUUACUUCAGCACCACCGUAAACCCGAUCCUGUACAACGUGAUGAGUGCGAAAUACAGGCUGGCGUUCAAGAAAACGCUAUACUGCACGCCGGCGAGUCCCUCCAUCACGAGGGACGACCUCAGCAGUAUGAAGGACAGCACGGUAUGCGGCUGCGGAUCCAGAAGAGGAUCCCAGGUGGUUCGUGUAAGAAGUGUACAUUAUCAACGUAGUAUUAGAUGCAAUGUGCCGCAUGCGAACGAGGUCCUCCGUUCGCCGGCGAAAUUGCGUUACGACGACGAGGACGACGAGAAUCAAGGCUUGAAGGAGAAGUCCUGCGACAUCCUGGUUCCCGAUAUCACGAUCGUCACUGAGCCGCAGGAUCCGCGGAGAUCUUCGCUUGUCGUGCACUCGAGUAACGGCAGGACCAAAUGUCGAUCGACCGAGAAAGCGGACGGCGCACCACCGACGGCGAACGAGACGUGUAUCUGAUCCUCGACUUAUCCUGCUGUCGGAUGGAAGGAUCAUUACGGCGUCGGAAGGGUCGCACGCGCCCUCAGACUCGACAAGAAGCUGACGUGCCGAUUGUGUAUGCGCGACGAGGAUGACGGAUUAACGCACUCGCCCGUGAAUUGCCCCACACCGAAAACCCAUCAUCGGAGAAGAAGAUGCCGUAGUUUCCUCCCCAAAGGACACAUCUGUCGCCGGGAGAAGAAACCGGGGCCUCCCAUGGAGAGUCGCGUUUGAGUGACGCCCGUCGGGUGGAGUCGCCAAGUGUCAGUGAGUAAACUGAAGAAAGUAAACUGAAGAAGUCGGUGCCAUUGAAAAGGGUCCGAAAGUGCUUAGCGAGGGGCUGAAACAUUUAACACUUUUUUGUCAUCGUAGCUGACGUGAAUUGCACAAGCUCGCGCUCGCAACUGUGUCCUGACUCCGGUUAGCGCUUUUCCCCCCGCAAACUGCGAGCUGAAGAAAUUCGCCGAGAGUUAUGGCUAUAGCACGCAGAAAAACAUAAGCAGUAAGGUGUAAACAGUAAACAGUAAUUAGUCGAUUACAGUCGAUUAUUGUUCGAGCGUAAAGAGAAUAAUUCACUGCGAUUGGUCAAUUUCCUUACUGCUUGAGGGGAUUCUGACCGAACGAUCGAGCGAAAUUUCGUAUGUUUAUAUACGGUAAACCGUAACGUCAACAUUUAAUUAAAUCAAACUAUAUUUUUCUUGGUGUAAUCGAUAUACCCCGUUUGCGGCGCAAGUUGACAUGCUUGACAUCUUCCGAGAUAAAGUCGAUUUCUUUUAAAAAAUUCAUUUUCAAUUUUUUUAAAUUAAAAAAAUUUACUUUUAAACCUUUUAAUAUAUAUUUUUUCCCGUUACCGGAGGAUUGUACUUUCAAAUUAUACCAAAGAUAGGCACAAAAUGCCGUGUAGAAGAGAACGAAAAAAUAAAAUGCAAAAAGUUUGCCAACUACCCCCGGUCUCCCCUACCAACAAAUUUGCGGUAAAACAGGAAGAUUCCAGGAUGCCCUUAAGUCUUACUGCUCGCGUUUUAGUAUGCAGCAUGGCCCUUACUCAUCAUGACGUCAUACGUGCACUGCACAAGUCCAAGUGUUAUCUUUACACGCAUAAACGUCUAAAAAUGACACAUUUGACUGAAGUUCUUUUCACAUGUUUCUUAUCGCUUUAGAUUACGUUAUUUAAAACGUCGUUUAAUUAUAUUAAAUUAUAAGUUAACGCGUUCGGUCGUGUUAAAUGACGUGAUUUAAAACAGCAAGAAAUGUGUAAGGAGAGCCUCAGCUGAAAUAACACACUUGGAUUUGCAGCGUGCGCGUGAUCAUUCAGUGAAGAUUUCGCGAAGUUAAUCAGACUCCGCAUCGAUUUAGACGGCUACUGUUACCACGCGCGCUUUUGAAGAGAUAAUACGAAUAAUUGAGAUUCUUAUCGAUUCUUAUCGAGUGUGCGAACAUAGCGCGUGAUCGUGUGUGCUACCGUUAUGAACGGAGGUUCACAGCAAACAAAUAAUCUCUCUCAGCAAUCGCGGAACGACGAGAUCAGAGAAAGAGAGAGAUAUCUUCGCGAAUUUAUGGAAUUGUGAGCGAUUUCCUUCUCAUGUUCGGCGUCGUUCCAUGGAACCACGCGCUGACCUGCAGGGAAGGUAAACGCGAUAAUGAAAUGUGAAGACGAGAGUAGAGGUACGCGAGAGGUUCCCUUUGGAAAAUUCUCGAUGCGUGGUAAAAAGGGAUGAUACUUAUCGGAUAGCCGUCGGCUUAUCUCGUCGACGAAACGACGAUGUACACCGAAAAUCCCCUCUGGACUCUCAUCCGACUACCGUUUAUCUCUCGUAAGCACUCGCACCUAUGUGUGUAACGAUCA